UUAAAAGAUCCAUCGAUCUGAUUAUUGCAUUUUUUUUUUGUCGGAAAAUAAAUUAAGAAAGAUUGAAGGUUGGAUCAUCAAUAAAAAUGGGAAGACAGCCUUGCUGUGACAAAGUGGGAUUGAAGAAAGGGCCAUGGACUUGUGAUGAAGACAAGAAACUCAUAGCUUUCAUGCUCAACAAUGGUCAAUGCUGCUGGAGAGCUGUUCCUAAACUUGCAGGGCUUUUGAGGUGUGGAAAGAGUUGCAGGUUGAGAUGGACAAACUACCUAAGACCUGACCUCAAAAGAGGUCUUCUCUCCCAAGACGAAGAGAAGCUUGUCAUCGACCUCCAUGCCCAGCUUGGAAACAGAUGGUCCAAAAUCGCUUCUCAUCUUCCAGGAAGAACAGACAACGAAAUCAAGAACCAUUGGAACACUCACAUCAAGAAGAAGUUAAAGAAAAUGGGUAUCGACCCUCUUACCCACAAACCUCUAUCUCCGCCGCCGCCGCCGCCGCCGGAGACUGAGCCUGAGAAAGGAGGCGAUAAGGAGGAGGAAGAGGACAAAAUCAGGAGCCCAAUUGAGUCCAAUGAAUUCGACAAUAUUAAUAAUGAUAAUGAUUUCAGCAUCGACGAAAUUCCUGUGAUGGAACCACACGAGAUUUUGAUUCACCAACAGUCUACUCCAUCUUCUUCUUCCUCUUGCUCUCCGUGUUCUCCAUUGUCGUCUUCGUUGGAGGAUCUGCAGUGCUUUUCCCCGACAUUUAGGGAUUACUGCACUGAAAUGAUGAACAGUUACAGCAUCUGGGAAGAUGGGUUCGGGAUCAACGGCUGGGAUUUGUUGGAUGAUUUGGAAAUAGGAGAGCUUAAUAUAUAGACACAGACAAACAUGGCUGCCUGCACAUUAUAUAUACAUAUAUAUAUAAUCUUGGAUUGGACACCAAUUUGAUGUAUAUUCAACACUUUGUUCGUUGGGAUUCGAUUUUUUUUUUUUUUUUUUUUUCUGGAUACGAUCACGAUUAGUCCCAUGUUUCAAACUUUGUGUUUUUACCUAUCCCCACAAUAAUUCAUGCAUGGUUGUCGUGUCAA